ACCCCUUUGAAACAUGAAGAUGAGCAGAUACAUUGACGUUAAUGGACCACAUAUCCAGAUGGUGUCUACAUACAUAAACACUAGAAUACUCCCAAUCCAUAACCCCACCCCCCCACCCCUCCUUUUCUUUGUUAGUUGAGCUAUAAAUACUUUAAUUUGGGACUUUCCUCUUCCUCCUUCCCAGUAAACCCAUUACAGAGAGGAGAGAAAAAAAAUACGCAAAAGAAGAAACAAUUAUCUUUGUUUCUCUUUUUUCUCUCUUUCCUCUAGGGUUUCUCUUUUUUCUCCUUCUUUCCUCUAGGUUUCUCUUUUUCCUCUGAGCUGAUUGUAAAGCCACCGCUUUUAAUCCAUUUGAACAGAGCUCUUAGCCUAAAGAAGCUUUUCGCAAUAAUGGUGUUCUGGAUUUUCGGCUAUGGCUCCUUGGUGUGGAAUCCAGGUUUCGAAUAUGAUGAGAAAAUGAUAGGUUACAUCAAGGAUUAUAAGCGUGUGUUUGAUCUUGCUUGCAUUGAUCACCGAGGUACACCAGAACACCCUGCAAGAACUUGCACAUUGGAAGAAAGUGAAGGAGCUAUUUGCUGGGGUGCUGUAUAUUGUGUGCGAGGUGGGCCUGAAAAGGAAAAGAAGGCAAUGGAGUAUCUUGAAAGAAGAGAGUGUGAGUACGACAGCAAGACCUCAGUGGACUUCUACACGGAUGAAGACUCUGAGCAGCUAGCUUUAACGGGAGUAAUAGUGUUUACAUCCACUCCCGACAAAGUGAAUAAUAAGUACUACCUAGGGCCUGCCCCGAUGGAAGAGAUGGCCUGGCAAAUUGCGACUGCUCAUGGUCCCUGUGGCGACAACAGAGAAUAUAUAUUCAAAAUGGAAAAGGCUCUAUAUGAUAUUGGUCACGAAGAUGAUUACAUCAUUGAGCUUGCAAAUGAAGUGCGGAAAGUUCUUGAAAUCGUGAAUGCUGGGAUUCAGAAGGAGAAGAAGUUACUUGGUACUUCACACAUCCCGCGCAAGACCCAAACUUCACCUGUGAAACUCUUUUCCUUGCCAGAAGCAGCUGCUGUUGCUGUUGCUGUCGCUGCGGACUCAUGAAAAAUAAAACUAACUGGAAGAGAAUUGAGUGUUAUGAUGGAGUAGGGAGUUCACUAUGAGAAUUGUUAAGGUGGGUUCUAAGUUUGUUUCUUACUUUUGACCAGAUUAACGUAAUGUAGUAACAUUGUUGUUGAAUUUUAUCCAAAAACUUGCCACGUUUAGUACUA